AUGAGUGGUGUUAAGAGAAAAAGAGAAAGUUCGAAGAGUUCCACGGCUGAAAUUCGUGUUACUUCUUUGACAGAAGAACCCGUGGCUGUUGUGGGAUCUUUCUUCAAUGGGAUGUCAAUACCUAGGGAUGCCCAAUUUGAUGUUUACCAACAUAAGAAGAAUAAUGCCUUUGCAUUGCACGGAGAAAGUGCUACGUUAGAAUACAACGGAGUUACAGCUCUGGAUGAUGAGAAUGAUUACAUUGUUGCUAUCUACGAUGCUGUUCAUAAAAGUGUUGAGUUGUAUAAAACACCAGUGAUCAACGGGGGCGUUCGUGCUAAAGCAAAGAGAGUAUACAAGGGUCCAGCUAUCAAACUGGCUGGUCUCCGUAAUAUUGAGCAAAGAAACGCAUUGGGUGAAGCUUUUGGUACAAAGAAGGCCAAGGCUGCUAUCACCAACUUGGAGAGAAACAGAGUUGAUGCUGAUAAGUUGAAGGACGUGGAACUAGACAUUGUGGACACUCUUAAUGAUGCUACCGCUGACUUGCCCACAAGACAAGAAAUGGAUACAGCUAUGAGCCAUGACCGUCCUACCCCAGCCUGUAACGUUGAUGCCACCAGAGUAGAAGACGUGUACAGGGUCUUCGAUAUAAUACCGAAGAAGGAAUGGGCAUUCCUUAGAACCCAAGGCAUAACUGAGGAACAUGACGAAAAGAAGAGAUUGGAAUUCAUGCCCUAUGGUAAGUCAUCAUACGUCACUAAGCAUUUAAAUCAAGUUCUUGCAUCAAAGAACACAGAAAAGUUACAGUUGUUGAUGUAUGCUUCUUUAUUAUUUGGUGUUUACGAAAACAGAAGAGUUAGAGAUAAGCAAUCAUUAAUGGAAGCUUUAGACAAUAAUGUUAGUGAAGUUUUAAUUGACGGUAUCUUGCAAAGAUUUGCGGUUGCUCGUGCUGGACAAUUUGGAAAAUCUAAAGAUCGGUCUUUUGUUAUUGAUCCUAGUCAUGAAGAUAAAUUACUUUGCUAUUUAUUAGCACUCAUUAUGCACAUUGAUAAUUUCAUGAUUGAAUUACCUCCAUUAGCUCACGAGUUGAAUAUGAAACCUGCUCGUUUGGUUGGGUUGUGUAAGGCAUUGGGUGCAACCAUCAAAAGUGCUACAGUUGCACAAGCAGAAGCAUUUGGUAUUCCUAAGGCUAACGCAUCAACAUACAAGGUUGCUACUUUGAAGGUUCCAUUCAAGUUACCUGAAAUGGCAAGACGAGGUAGAAAGGCUCGUUAA